AUGGCACACUUCUUCUACUUGACUCCUCAGAUCCUUCUGCCCUUUAGCCCUCUUACGCCUCAGGAGUUUGAUCUGAUCAGACGCAAGGCCGGGGCAUCUUGGCGGAACGAAACAAGAUGGUCAGACUCUUCUCUAACCACAUACUCGGGCAGUUACCGGAAAAAAGAACGGGAUAAAUCCACCUGUGGCCGAUUUCCUUUGGAAGCAGGACAACACCGGCCAGAGUGUCACCAGAUGUCAUCACCAAAGGGCUCUGCCUACAACCCCACACUCAGCAAGGCUGGUCCCCAAGGUACCCCAGGCGUCAAAGGACUAUUCCCUCACAUAACCAGUUCCUUUGAAAAGCCCCUUAGUGUCAAGCACAGAGUGGCACACCAAAUUCUGUUUGGUGAUUUUUCUCCUGCGCCUCCAAAUUAUGGAAGUCCAUAUGGGAGAACUAGGAGGCCAACAUUCCAGAGCCUGCUGAGUUACAAUCAGAAAAGGGAAGACUUCUGGAAAGCGCUCCAGUUGUUCGGGAAACAAGCCAUGAAGGGGAUUGGAGUUUUUCCUUUACUGUCCCAAUUUCCAUCAGUGAUGCCCGUGAUUUUUUGGGUCCUGCCUCUUGCGAAAAAGGCAUUAGGUUCUCCGCCUGUCCUUCCUUCUGGGUGCCUCGCAUCCUGGGCACACUCUCUUCGUGUGGCUGCCUGGCACCCGACAUCUACUGUCCCUGCCCCUGACAUGGCCCUCCAAGCAGGGGCUGUCCCGCCCGAUCAGACUUUCCCAAAGCCCAGUCAUCUUUAG